AUCUGACUUGGCUGAGGUGAGGAUCGAGUACUUUCGGUUUGCAAAAAUGUCCCUAAAACUUUAUUUUCUCGUCUCAGUUUUAUGCCUUAUUGGCACUCAGGCUGCGAGAGUUGUCCAGCUGAUGGAAAAGAAGAGGGUCGACCAAAUGGCAAUCGACUGGGUGGAGAUACAAGAAGCGAUUCCAAUCCAGUCAGAGUCUACUAGUGGAACAGGCUGCAAGUGUAUAAGCAAUCAGUGCGGUUGCUGUGCCCACCUGAGUGUGCCCGUAGUGAAGCUGGAUGAUACAGGCUGUGUCAACGUGACUUACCUGCCCAGUCCACAAUACGGAAUUUCUUUCACCUUUUCUCUGGAUGGAACAAUUAUUUUUAAAUACACAGUGUCAGCACAAAAUCCUCCUCCAGUGUGCUUUGGAAUUCCCAAGCUGACCAAGUUGGCUGGCAUUUGUCUGCGCUUCUACAACGUAACUUUCACCAAGUCCUCUUUGUCCGCUUGUAUCAGACUGGAGGUGAACCUGAAAGGACUUCUCGUUGACAAAUUUGAACUGGGCUGCUUUAAAAUUCCACCAAGUCAGAAGUUACUUCUCCGCUCAGUGCAGAAGCCGUAUGAGUAGGUUUUUUGCCUUUCACAAUUUGUUAUGAUUAAAAAUUUUGAUGCUGUUAAAUACCACACAAAUGUGGUAAAGAAUAUUACGACCUUUGUUAAGAUUUCAUUGUCAUUCUUUUUUUCCUGCAGAAUGAGUAGGGUAACACAUGUGGUCCUGUCUGUGUUUUGACCUGGUUAGCAUGUAGUCCAGGGAUAUCUAUAUUUUGACACAUUUAGUCCAAGGAUAUGAAUAUUUUGACACAUAUAUUUAUCUCAAGCAUAAUAAUUAAACUUAGCACUUUGUUUCUGUGCUAACAGUAGAAAAGGCCCAUAACUCUGUAUAUUAGAACCUGAAAAAUACAUUUUUAUACACCUCCUAAAUUCCCCAGAUCUCUUGAAAUCCGUACCUAUGGUCGGUGAUAAUACUUGAAAUGGUAAGAGACUUUAAUGGUAAGUAAAAGUUAAUGCACAGGAAAAGAUACAGACAGAUCAACAUACAUGACCUUGACAUUAUGUGUUGAACUUAGGUUUAUUUUGUAAUUUUGAUAAAGAAUGGCGUACACUAAAUCAAGUUACAUUAAAAUAUUUUUGUGGAGAGUUCAAGGUGAGAAGGAAGUAAAAUCAGCGGCUGUACGUAUAAAUUUAUGAAAUGUUCAAAAUGAAACAUGUCUGUGUAUAUAGCAUUUUUAUGCAUGGCACUGGGAAAAGUUGAUAGGAAUGAAUAAUACUUGUGAUUCUGGAUGGAAUAGAAAAGUCAAGCUUUGAAAUAUCUCAAGUUCAUAGUUUUGUUUCACAUAUGUAGGCUGAUUCCCAGAACCUGCUCUGGGAGGCAUUUUGAAUAUAACAACUCCACAAUUACGUAAGGUUUGUCCUAUUUGAUU